AUGGUGGUGUUUUUUGGUGAAUCGCAUUUGGUGGAAGACAUGCAAGGAACCAUUAGCCAGUGGGUGGCGGCCAAAGCCCGCAAAGUGAUUGGUGUGGAAUCGGUGCCCGAAGCCAUAGAAGCGGCCAUACAAACUGCUCAAGACAAUAACAUACAAAACUGUGAGUUUGUGGUGGGGGACAUGAAAACCAUUUUCACCGAUGAGUUUGUACAAAUCCAUGGACACCCCGAUAUUAUAAUCACCGAUCCACCUCGGGAUGGCAUGCAUCCCAAGGUGGUUGAAUCCAUCAUGCGGGUGGCGCCUCAAAAAAUAGUGUAU